UCUUACACAGGACUCAUCAAGGCCCAGCUGUAAGAGUUAACUUACUAUCUUCCUCUUUUUCUGACCUGAGUUCCGGCAGACUUCAUAUAUUUCGGAAAAUGCGUGAGUGUAUUUCAGUGCACGUUGGUCAGGCUGGUGUCCAGAUUGGCAAUGCCUGCUGGGAGCUUUACUGCCUGGAGCAUGGCAUCCAGCCGGACGGAAUGAUGCCUAGUGAUAAGACCAUUGGAAGAGGAGAUGAUUCCUUCAACACCUUCUUCAGUGAGACUGGAGCUGGAAAGCACGUGCCCAGAGCUGUUUUUGUGGAUCUGGAGCCCACUGUCAUUGAUGAGGUGCGCACUGGGACCUACCGCCAGCUGUUCCACCCUGAGCAGCUGAUCACUGGUAAGGAGGAUGCUGCCAACAACUACGCCCGUGGACACUACACCAUCGGCAAAGAGAUCAUUGACCUGGUGCUGGACAGAAUCCGCAAAAUGGCUGACCAGUGCACUGGUCUUCAGGGUUUCCUGGUUUUCCACAGCUUCGGAGGUGGCACCGGCUCUGGUUUCACCUCUCUGCUGAUGGAGCGUCUGUCUGUCGACUACGGCAAGAAGUCCAAGCUGGAGUUCUCCAUCUACCCAGCCCCCCAGGUGUCCACUGCUGUGGUGGAGCCCUACAACUCCAUCCUGACCACCCACACCACCCUAGAGCACUCUGACUGUGCCUUCAUGGUUGAUAAUGAGGCCAUCUAUGACAUCUGUCGUAGGAACCUCGACAUCGAGCGCCCCACUUACACCAACCUGAACAGGUUGAUCAGUCAGAUUGUGUCCUCCAUCACUGCUUCCCUUCGUUUUGAUGGUGCCCUUAAUGUUGAUCUGACAGAGUUCCAGACCAACUUGGUGCCAUAUCCCCGUAUCCACUUCCCUCUGGCCACCUAUGCCCCCGUCAUCUCAGCUGAGAAGGCUUAUCAUGAGCAGCUGACUGUAUCUGAAAUCACCAAUGCCUGCUUUGAGCCAGCCAAUCAGAUGGUCAAAUGCGACCCUCGCCACGGUAAAUACAUGGCCUGCUGCCUCUUGUAUCGUGGUGAUGUGGUUCCCAAAGAUGUCAAUGCAGCUAUUGCCACUAUUAAGACCAAGCGGUCUAUCCAGUUUGUGGACUGGUGCCCCACUGGUUUCAAGGUUGGCAUCAACUACCAGCCCCCCACUGUAGUUCCUGGUGGAGACCUGGCCAAGGUCCAGAGAGCUGUGUGCAUGCUGAGCAACACCACUGCUAUUGCAGAGGCCUGGGCUCGGCUUGACCACAAGUUUGACCUGAUGUACGCUAAGCGUGCCUUUGUCCACUGGUACGUAGGUGAGGGUAUGGAGGAGGGAGAGUUCUCUGAGGCCAGAGAGGACAUGGCAGCUCUGGAGAAGGAUUAUGAGGAGGUUGGAGUUGACUCCAUUGAGGGAGAGGAGGAGGAAGGAGAGGAGUAGGAAGACUAAAUGCACUUCAGCUAGUAUUAAAUCUCAACUAGAAAACAUGUCGCACUCAUUUUAAGACAUAAGUGUGAGUAUUCUAAAUAGAUCAGAAGUAUCUUCAGUUCUUCUGAAACAGGUUAAAGCAUUUGAAUUGUUUGUAGCCUGCAAAUAAAUCUUGGUAAAUUAUAAA